UAGCCCCGUUAGCUGAGGUGCUCUCAGUUUCCAGUCUGCUCGGACCAGCACCCCUGAGCUCUGGAAACCAACAGAAACGAACUGAGUUUCUGACUGACUCCGAUUUUAAACCAUUUAAAUUAUUGGCUGGUAUCAUUUAGCGUUCAGCUCCACUUUAGUAGUUGUUUCAGUAACAGAAAGUUCUAGUGACAGUCCAGUUAGCUUUGCUAGCCACAUUAGCCAGCUAGCCAGCCCUUUGCCUGGCGUCAUUUCCUACUUUUGAAAAUCGCGGCCAGAAAGUAACGAGGCACCAGGCAGAGAUGGAGCUUCAAGUGGGAACGGAACCGAUGACCCUGGGCUCUCCCACCUCUCCAAAGCCGACCUCUGGAGCUCAGUUUCUGCCCGGUUUCUUGAUGGGAGACCUACCAGCUCCAGCUAGCCCCCAGCCACGCCCCUUCAGCUUGACCAUGCCCCUCGUGGAGAGCACAGGUAUGCACCGAGGAGGAGGAGGUGGUGGGGGAGGCUCUGCCCCUCAGCCUGUUGUCCCCACCCCCAAGGAUAAAAGUGGAGCUCCACCUGUCCGCAGUAUCCGCGACGACUUGGUUACUGUAGCGACGCCCCUCAAUGCACACAGGCAGUCUUUUCCUGUAAUGCAGUCUCCUCUGUCUGCUCGUCAGGCCUCAACCCCAGGAACAGGUGUGCAGCAGGUGUGCUUAUCUCCAGCUCAGGUGGAUCCGUUCUACAGUCAGGGAGAGUCUUUGUCAUCUGAUGAUCAGCUGGACCAGACCUGGGUCACUGUGUUUGGUUUUCCUCCAGCCUCAGCCUCUUACAUCCUGCUGCAGUUUGCUCAGUACGGAAACAUCCUGAAACACACGAUGGCGUCUCCUGGUAACUGGAUGCACCUUCAGUAUCAGUCCAGGCUUCAGGCCAGGAAAGCUCUGUCUAAGGAUGGAAAAGUGUUUGGUGAUGCCAUCAUGGUGGGAGUGAAACCCUGUAUAGACAAGAGUGUGAUGGACAGCAGUGAAGCUGUCUCUCUUCCCCUCUCUUCCUCCUUCUCCUCUUCCGCCCUCCCCUCCACUCCUCGUUCCGACAUCAGACCGCUCAGCGCCGCCUACAGAAGCUCCAGCAACGACUACCAGGUGGUAGCAGACAGACAGACACCCAGGAAGGACGACAGCUUUGUUUCCAAAGCGAUGGAGUACAUGUUUGGUUGGUGACAUUACACAGUGCAUCAUGGGAUACCUGCAGCCUCGAAGGAGAAUCGGUGGAUGAACUGACUCACUACUGUGUGCGUGUGCGUGUGUGUGUGUGUGUGUGUGUGUGUGACUGUGCACUCUGUGUGUGGAGGAUUUUCUCUUUCUCUCUCUUCUUUUAUAAUAUGUGUUUUUUACUGUCUCUGUCUCAAUAAAAUUGUCUCUGGUUUAAACUCA